CCCCCGUUCCCCCUGGGCGGUGCCGGGCGGGCGGCGCCAGGCUCGGUGCGCGGUGCUGCCGGGGGCGCGGCGGACGGGCAUGCGGAGCGAUGGCCGCGGGCAGCGCGGAGGAGAGGACCUACCGCCGCUUCCUCGAGCUCUUCCUGGGCGAGUUCCGAGGGCCCUUCGGGGCAGAGCCCGACCCCGCGCCCGCAGACACCCCGGCCGCCGAGGCCGAGGAGGAGUCCGGGGCCGGGGGGGACGCGGCCGGGGCCGAGGAGGGCGAGGGGGACAGCGAGCCCGGAGACCCCCGGCCCCCCGCGCCGCCGCCGCCGCCGCCGCCUCUGCCCGCGCUGCCGCGGCCGCUGUCGGAGCACAUCACCGAGGAGGAGGUGGAGGGCGAGUGCCUGGACCUCUGCCUGCAGCAGCUCUGCAAGUAUAAUUGCCCCUCGUUUCUGGCCGCUGCUUUAGCCAGAGCAACUUCAGAUGAAGUCCUUCAGAGUGAUCUUUCGGCACACUACUUACCAAAGCAGGUGGACAGCGCGGAUGGGAUCAUACAGAUUGAGACGGUGAAGCUGGCCCGCUUGGUUUUCAGCAAACUGCAUGAGAUCUGCAGCAACUGGGUGAAAGACUUCCCGCUCCAGCCCAAGCCCCACCGCUACUACGAGACAUCCAUCCAUGCCAUCAAGAACAUGCGCAGGAAGAUGGAAGACAAGCACGUCUGCAUCCCAGACUUCAACGUGCUCUUCAACCUUGAGGACCAAGAAGAGCAGGCCUAUUUUGCAGUGUUUGACGGUCACGGCGGAGUGGAUGCUGCCAUCUAUGCCUCCAUCCACCUCCAUGUGAACAUGGUCCAUCAGGAGAUGUUUCAGCAGGACCCGGCAGAGGCGCUGUGCCGAGCGUUCCGGGUGACUGACGAGCGCUUUGUCCAGAAGGCGGCCAGAGAGAGUCUGCGUUGUGGAACCACCGGGGUGGUGACUUUCAUCCGAGGAAACAUGCUGCACGUGGCUUGGCUUGGGGACUCCCAGGUUAUGCUCGUGAGGAGAGGCCAAGCUGUGGAACUGAUGAAACCCCACAAACCAGAUCGAGAGGACGAGAAGAAGCGCAUUGAGGCACUUGGCGGCUGCGUGGUCUGGUUUGGAGCCUGGAGGGUGAAUGGGAGCCUGUCGGUCUCCAGAGCUAUUGGGGACGCUGAGCACAAGCCAUACAUCUGUGGGGACGCAGACUCUGCCUCCACCGUACUGGAUGGCUCGGAAGACUACCUCAUUCUAGCGUGCGAUGGCUUCUAUGACACGGUCAAUCCCGAUGAGGCAGUCAAAGUGGUGGCUGACCAUCUAAAGGAGAAUAAUGGUGACAGCAGCAUGGUAGCACAUAAAUUAGUGGCAUCUGCUCGGGAUGCCGGUUCCAGCGACAACAUCACUGUCAUUGUGGUAUUUCUCAGGGACAUGAACGCAGCAGUCGCUGUGAGCGAGGAGUCGGACUGGACAGAGAACUCUUUUCAAGGUGGGCAAGAAGACAGUGGGGAAGAUAAGGAAAACCAUGGAGACUGCAAACGACCGUGGCCCCAGCACCAGUGCUCAGCGCCUGCAGACCUAGGGUACGAAGGACGAGUGGAUUCCUUCACCGACAGAACUAGCUUAAGCAUAGGGUCCAGCGUUAACCCGUUUGAUGAUCAAGGCUAUUUAGACCUGACGCAAACAGAAACUAGUUCAUCUCUGAGUGCCAAAUGUCUGCCACCCAUUCAAGUGUUCGGUCCUGGCAUACCAAAGAGCACGAGUGUGGUCAGCGGCUUAACAGUGAAGAACGAAUCACCGGAGCACCCCACCCCAUCCCUCUGCGGACAGAGCGACCCCAGGGAGUACAACGCUCCUCUUCGUUUGGGUGCUGCGGGGCAGAGCAUCUACAGGGUGAAGGGUUUGUCCCCUGCCAUCUUUGGGCUGGAAGAUGAACUGUUCAAAUCCUUGGGAAAACGAGCUGCGUUCCUUCACUUCCGGCUCUGUAACAGGAAGAGGCAACGAGGAGCCAGGCUCAAACCAAAGUUUCACACGCCACUCUUGGCUUGCGAGCCUUCCCAUAUAGAAGGAUCGAGUCUGUCCUUGCCCGUCCGGGGCCACGGUAGCAGGAGGCUGUCGCUAAGACACUCCCCGUGGUGGAGGCUGCCCGGUUGUAGCGCUUACAGUGAGAGCAUAUUUUUGAUGCGAAGACAAAGUAAUUGUAUACCAGAUUCAUACCUUCAUCGAUGCUGUAAAAUGUAACUGUCUCCCUCGUGUUCUCCCGUCAGACUCCCAAAAUAGACAUUCCCAAAAUAAAACUGGUAUCAUCAGAAAGUGAAAAAAGGUGGGCAUUUCAGAACUGUACUCCCCCGCGAAGCUCAAACCACGUGUAAAUAGAUCUAGGAAUUAACAAAUGUCGUCGUUUCGUUCUCAAUAAAGUUUGCUGGUGGUGCCACCCUGAGCAACGCCACAGCCACCCGCGCACACGAGUAUCCAGUCACACUCACUAGUGAAAGCCAAACAGCCAGUUCACGUCAACAGACACCGUUAGGGAAUGCUCUUUCCCACCACAGAAAGCUGAGCCUGCCCGAGGAACGUCUGUGGAGCAAUACGGAAAGAAAGGGUCUGGUUUAGAACUGCCGAAUUUUUUUAGAGUUGGGGGGAAGUCGCCAUAGCGGUCGAGGUGUGGGGUUCGUGUUCCACUUUCUGUGUAUUUCAAGCGAGCAUUAAGAUGAAUUAGAAAAUCACAUCCACUGUUGCAGGUAAAAGACUAAAAGCCAUACAAGGUUUUACCAGGUAACUUAGGAAUAGACAAACUAAGCUCCUGCUGCUCUGUUCUCAGACUCCCAUUGAGGUACAGACUCAUCAUUUGCCUAUUUUUUUUUUUCGUGUAACAUAAAAUGUGGAAUAUGAAGAAAACUGUUUUUUGUAGUCUUUAAAAAAAUUGUUCCCUGUGGCUAGAGGAGCAGCGUAGGGAAUCUUGUAACUUUCUGGUGCUUUUAGUGGCAUUUUCCUCGUUUGUCAGUUUAGGGAACUGUUCUCAAUUAGUUUUAAUCAAACAUGAUUGUGCUUAAUGCUUUGAGCCAACCUCUUUCCACCGUAACUUCAUCUCAGGUCUUAAAAGAAACCAAUCUGUGGCGACAUUGGCUACAAAGCCGCUGUCACUCAGCCGGUCAGGCCAGAGAACUGCUUGCGAGAGAUAACGAGCAACGCGAGCCGCUCGCUGGCGGGAAUGGUUUUGAGAUGGCCAAGGCCUAAUUUAAUAUAAAGUUGCGGCAUGAAGGAUGUUAGGAUGCCGUGUCUACAAGAAGCAUCAUUGCUGCAAUUUGGUGUUUGUCAGCAUGCAUAGGACUGGAAGCCAGGCUGCCGGAGCGAUGCAAACGGAACAGAAAUGGGGUGGAUGUGGAGGGGCAGGGGCUGAGUUUGGGGUUUAGCAGAGAGGGUAAAAUUCACUGCCUGCUUCGGUUAAAUAGAAAGCGAGGAAUGUGUCUUGCCCUUGUUUUCAUGAGCAGAGCGUUAUUUAUUGAACUUUGGACACGAACCGGAGGCACCAGCUCCUCCCUGCUCUCCAGGUGAGGCCAAUAGCCAUAGCGGAGCAAUUAAUUGGGAUGUAAGUAAGCAGAAGAUUCCCAUCGGCUCCACUAAAUACACAUCCUGUUGCUGUUUUUUGUUACCUUACGACAUCUGGAAGAGCAGGACUGCAGUCCUCCCCGGCGCUCCCUGUACACUUCAUCUCACUGUAGCAGUAGUGAUUCAAUGACAGCGCUAGAAUUUAGCUAGAACUUGCAAUGCAUUUUAAUAUUAAGUAGUCAGGAGAUUAUUCAACACAACGAGAUGGCGAGGUUUGAAUUCUGCCAGUCGCCGCUUCUUCUAUCUUUAAUGCACUAUUUUAAAAGCAAUCUGAUGAAUAGCAAAGGUUUCAUGAGUAACCAGGGGCUGAAGCGUGGCUUCGGGUUCCUUUGAUCUUGUUCUUUUUUUAAUUUUACGGGGUCACUGGCUCUUCUGUGUCAUCUUCGCAAGCCCUCGCUGGCGUCAGCAUUCUCGUUAGCUGCGGCCGAUGGUCCGAGUCAGAUUUACUGAGGAAAUUUGAGAAACCGUGGAAUGGUCAAAUAUGCAACUCUGAGGCAUCUCUGCGGUGCCUUUGUUUUCCAUUAUUCACAGUAAUAAUGAUGCAUUGAAAGUCCAUCUUAGGGCCGAGUGUCGUGCUUGGGAGAGAAAGGUGGUGUAAGUGCAAUUCCUUGUGUGAGUAGGUUAGAAUGAAAACCCUGAUGGAUGAUGAACUUCUUCCCAGUCUGCAGGAGCAGGUGAAGAGCACUGGGCUGCAUGUGUGCUGUUUUGGGAAGGAUCUAGCUUUUUAGGUGUGGAUUCAUAAAAGAUAAUUCUGCGACUCAUACCAUUUAUCUUGCUAGGAGAAAAAAAAAAACCAACUCUACCAUCAUAGUUCCAGUGUGGUCAGGUAAAACCAUUGUAUAGAUAGCGAGUGUUCAUUUCUUCACUAAACGCAUAUUUAUAGAGUAGGUAGGAACCAUUUGUAAGGUAAGUCCUUUAAAGUUCUAUACUAUUAAAGUAGUGGUUAUUGGUCUGAUUUAUGCUGCUCUUGAUUCUACACACUAGACAAAAGCGCAGUGCUUUGUGAAAUGCAGUGUUUUCUCUUAACGCCACUGGUGAUAGGAAGUAGUUCUCUUCAGUUCAAGAUCCUGUGCCCUUAUCUGCUGCUUGCUAACGUAAGCAAUAAUCCCUCUCUAACGGUAUCUAAGUGUUCUGUAUCUCGUACUUUGGUUGUCUGUCUGGUGAUGAUGUAAAAAUAUUAGGCUAAUAUAAAAGUAUCUAAUUGUAUUUAUUAACUGUUGAUACUGAGAUCCAGUCUGUGACCUGUGUUUUGUAUUUUUAUCGUGUAUCUUAGUGGUGGUGAAAUUUGUAUAAAGAAUCUUUCCAAUAAAGAGCUGAAGUAUCCCUUUUCCGCAUUAACACACCCCGCAUCAGUUUCAGUUGCCGCGUUAACCGUGGUUGCAGAACUAGGAGGUAGGUAGCGAAACCAUUCUUAGUUUGUGUGUAAAUUGUGUUGGUUUUGAGAUGGCUGAAGCUGCUCAAAACCUGCUUGUAAGCUCUUCACUGUGAGUCCUCAGCGGGGUUCUCCAUCCCCACUCUGGUAGUUUCCUGUGUACACUUUUUCAAUGUGCAACUCUGAGGAAUGUCUGCGUUGCAGAGAGCAGUAUAGCACCAGACCAGGGCGCUGUUAACUCAUUUCGAUUUGCACUAAAGGUGGGUGGAAACGCAUGUAUAUAACUUUUCUUUACCUAGAAGUGCCAUCAAUUGUCCUUGCAAGUUCAAAACCAUUCAGUAUUUGAUUUAGAUUGCAUUGUAACGCCGAAGGACAAUGUCAAAGCAGACUUUAACUUACGCCACAUUUAUAGUGGUGCAUUGUCAUAGAAACUCCGCUCUGUUUUUGGAACACUGUGUGUCACUGAGAAACGCGUUGUCCUAUGGGCAGAUAAGACGAGGCGUAACGAGCUCUGUGCUUAGAGACAUGGCUGCUGUAGUUCAGGUCCACUAUCUCCUCACUAAAUCCUUCCCACCCUGGCAAUGUUCUGUGGGAAAAAACAUGAGAAAGAUUGGUCUAAAUUAGGGGCUGGUUUAGCACAAAUCAUUCACUCGGCACCACUCACGUAAGCGAAGCCAUCGAAGGGGAUACUGCAGCUUUGUUCAUGCCUGGAAUUUAGGGCAAUCUUUCUUUAAUUCACACCCUGUUUGCAACAAGAACAAAACUUUCUACCCUUGUAUGAUGUGCAAUAAGUAAUAACGAAGCAUUAACACAACCUCUGACUUAGGUGUUCGUAUCCUUCUCCAGACCUCGCUAAUCAGGCGAUCGCACUAAACCUGCCAGCAUUUAAGCUAAAGAAAAAAAACCAAUCCCCACCUAUGAGGGUGUAAUACCACUCGUGUGUGUCGCAGUUGCGUUUUGUUAGGUUUUCUCUCUCCUUCACUCUAGAAGACACCUUGGAACGAGAGCGGGGAAAGCUAGCUGGGAUCACCCCAGCCCCUCUCCCCGAGCACCGGUACGUGCGGACGGCCAGGCGUGGUGGCAGUUGCUACACCGGGUGCUCCUCUUCUCCCCUCUGUAUUCUCCCGAUCAUGAAACAUGUUCUUUAUGAAGUGAAUAAAUUCAAGCUAAUCAUUUAACUGUGUCGGGACUUUGCAUUUGCAAUCUUGUUCUACAGUUCACAGACCAGUUUAGUUAUAACCAUGUAUUAGUCAUCCCUAUUUUAUUUAUGAAAGCUGUUUAUACAGAAAAACUGUUCAAGUUUUACCAAUAUCUUAAUAAAACAGCAAUUUAAACCACACUUCAGACAAGU